AUGAUCACGGUGAAGGCAAAAAGACAGGGCCUGACGGUGUUUGUGAGUGUGCCGGCAGGGUCCGGGGUGGGGGAGCUGAAACAGCGGCUGACAGAGAUGGUGAACAGUGCGGGCGGACUGCAGUUGAACGGCGAGCCUGUGGGGCUGUCGCAAACAGAUGUGGAUGUGCCAGUGCCGUCGUUCGAGGAGGGCGAGGAGGCGGCCGAGAGCGAGGAGGCGGAAGAAGGAAGAGAGAAAGUGACCGCUGAGGGAUUGCGGAUUGCAGUGCUGGACGACGAAGUCCGCGAGGUGGACGAAUUGGAGCUGCACGACGGGCUGGCGGUGGCCUUUGCGUGGGGGGAGGAAGAGUUCAGCGUGGCACAACCGCAGGAAUAA